GUCGAGUACCACGAUCCCUCUGGUAUAUUUCCUUUGAUCUCGCGUGACCUAGCAUCCAGGCUACCUUUGCGCAACCUGAACUGGAAGUCCCCCUCGAGGCCUUUGCGAUCCAUCGGCGCCCUCCAUGUCGAAUUUGUUCCCGACGCCCAGACCGAGGCUUCAGAGAGCGACAAACUGCAGCGUGUCGACUCCUCUGGCUCCAGACCUGGCGCUCCUUCAGUAGCCAAAGAGAGAAGACACCAGAUUCCAGGCCUCCGUCAGACUCCCUAUCUCAAAGUCUUUCUGCUGCGGUGCGACGACAAAGACACAUACAAGGCUUCGUCACGCCAGCUUCUCCGCGACUGGACCAACGACAUUGCUCCACCUCCUCAGAGUUCCUCUGCCAUCAACCGCUCGGAGGAUCACGACGCUGCCGAGUGGCUCAUUCUGCAUGUAGUCAUUCCUGACACUAUCGCCGCUUCCGAACCUCGCUGGACCGCCGCAUCCAAGAAAGAUCCCGACGAGUUGGUCGAGAGGCCGUCAAGCACCACCAAAUGGCCUGGCAAGAGCUCAAGAACUGUAUUGGACAAGAUACGCGCUGAUUUCACUGCUUCCUCAAGGUCUGGACCCGAGCGUAUCGCACAAAUCAGGCUGCAAAAGAAAGAUGUUCCUCCACAGCUACUGCCUCAGACGCCUGUUACCCAACCUUAUAUUGAGAGCCCGCAAGAGCAAGACAAUGCCUGGCAGGAUCUUAUCGCAAAGUUCAAGACUUUGAUACUGAUGUCUUUUGAUCUGCGCGUGCUGCAGUACGAGGAUGAUAUCCGUGAGAAAGAUUCCCAACGCGCUUUGCCCGGCUGGAACUUUUGCACUUUCUUCACCCUGAAAGAAGGCUUGGCCCGCGGUUUCGAGAGUGUUGGCUUGGUUGAAGACGCCUUGGCGAUAUAUGAUGAACUUUCAGCAGGCCUCGAUUCUGCUCUGCGAGACAGCGAAACUGGCGCUGCCCAAGGCACCUUCCUUGGCGAUCUUACGGCCCAGAAGAAGUCUCUUCUGGACAUGAUCGAUGCGCAAUCUGAUACGCCCAAGCUUGAGCAACUGACUUCGCAGUUUCGAGAUACGUUCAUUCAGCCCCUAGAUCUCACUAACAGGGACUACCGUGGUGAAAUUGUUUCGAGCACCAUAUCUCUUUUUGACUUCCGAUUGUACAUUUUCGCGAGGCAGAGAGCACUUCUGCUUCGCCUGAGCGCUGGAAGUGGUAGUCUUCAACAGGCCAGACCUUCCGGCGCCAAAAGUAAUUUCAAAGACGACAAUUUGAGCUUUACUGCUGAAGUAUGUAAGAGGGCAGCUCUGUUUGCCGCAACCAAUGCUCGUGCUCUUCGCAACGGCCUUACCGACGGGUCUGAAAUCAAUUCUCAUCUUUCUUCUCUUGUGGAAAACAUCACUUCUUCCUGGACAUACGCUGUGCUUGAUCAGGUGCUUAGUGAGACUGCGUCAGAAGAAUUCUCAUCAUCUGGUGAGAAGUCAUCACCAGCGCCGCACAGUCAGACGCUGGGUGUCUACUCUAGGAAAGAGACAGCCGGCAACUUCAACUUUCCUCAGGGCGCAAAUACUCACCCGACGCGAUCAAGCUCUUUGCAGCGCAGCGCUUCGUCCUCGUCGCAAUUAACACCACAGACCAUAUACGAAAACGAACGAUAUGCAAAAUCGAGUCCCGAUCCUCAGCCAGACGCUGCAAUUGCGAAUGCCUCUGGUCUAGCCGUCCUUGCUUCUGCCCGAGCUCAGCUUUUCCUCAUGCAGCGAAGAAUUGUCGAGGCCCUUGCCAAACAAAAAGGGUGGCUCUCGGGCUGGGCUGCGAUCAAAGCGACACAAAACAUGACUGAUGUUGACCUUGACAGCAAAGACGAGGUUGAGUCGAGUGAAGAUUCAUCGAUAUCACCUGGAAACAUCGAAAAGAUAGCACAGAUGCUUCUCAGUGGCCCACUAUCAGCCGCGCUUGCCUCUUUGGAAGACUUCAGGACUGUUUACGAGCAAUUGAGCACGCUUGCAGUGUCACAUUUCACAACAGCAAAUCGCACUAAGUCUGCAGACUCUGUCAUAAGUGACCUCGCCAUACUCAAAUACCAACUCGGCGAUGUUGCUCAGGCAGCUACUUACUUCCAGCGUUCAUCUGCGACCUUUUCCAAGACCAGUUGGUCCUAUGUUCAUGGUGAGAUGUUGAGGAUAUACGCCAAAUGUCUAAAAGAUCUACACCGACGAGAUGAAUAUAUGAGAGUGAUGCUGAGCCUUUUGGGGAGGGUUGUUGCACGCCGCACGACAAGAACAUUGCCCAGAGUACGCGGUGGCUCUGCAUGGCUUGACGAAGAGACCGUCGAUGUCAGUGGUGUGCUUGGAGAGCUCGUGAGCUUCUCAGAGGAACUACCCUUUAACUUUAGCGCUCCAAUGUCUGAUUUCUUCGCCGAAAUCGAUGUCAGUCCAGAAGUUGAACUCCAUUCAGACAAGGAUGGAUUCGAUCUGAACGUACGUCUGAAGCACCUUCUGGAUGACGAUCUCACUGUCGAUCGUGUAAGGCUGCGAUUGGUGCUGGUAAGCGACGCCAGCCAGGAAAUACUCCUGCAGAGUGAUGGGCCCCUAGAGCUGAAACGAGGGCUCGUGGAGAUCCAAGUCCACUCAAAUGUCACAACAUACGGACAUUACCUGAUCGACAAACUUGUGAUCGAGUCCAAGAAGCUCCACUUCUCACGCGAAUUCCAGCCCAAGCCACACACGACACCCUUAGGCAUAACCAAUGCCAACAUGUCUGGAAGAGGACCCAGCAUGAGUGGGCCCUCACUGCUAGUGUAUGCUCAUGGCGAUUCACUGGAAGCUCGGGCAGCACUUUCCAAUGACAUACACAUCGACAAACUGCGGUCCAUCGUCCUUACAAUCGCGACAGGACGCAAUAGUACGGAGAGUCUCGAUCUGCGGCUCAAAUCUGCCUCUGCUGGACUGAGAUUACAUACUGCAGAUGCUGAGAUCACAGAAAGCAAUCACAGUCAGCUAGACACAUCACAGGCUGGCAUGCUCAAACUCGGUGCUGUGAACGCAGGGACAGACGUCAGAGUCCGAGUGCCCUACAGUAUAGAACGCAGCCUCGACGAGCUUACUGUGAAACUGGAUGCGAGCUACAAGACCAGCCAAGGGAUGUUCUCAUACCUCCGCACUUGCGUCAUUUUAGCAGCGCUGCCCCUAGACGUGGAUGUUAACGACAUCUUCAAGUCGCAGGCCCUCUUCUCGCGCUUCAGCAUCAGGACGACAAACUCGAUACCACUAAAAGUCACGAAUGUAGAGGUUCAAGAAUCACAGGCUUAUGGAGUGCGAGCUUUACCAUGCCCUCUGCCAAUGACUGUGUUUGACAAACAGCCAGCCAGCCUGACGUACAAGAUUACGAGAAGAGAUGCCGAAGGAAGCAAACUCAACAAGAAGGAAGCCGCAUUGGCACUGACUGUCGAAUAUGUCCGCUCGGAUGAGGCCAUCUUUGAGAAGCUUGGCGAUGUGCUUGAGAAAGCAGUCUCGAACAGUCCCUUCGCGGCUUUGCGACGCCUGCUCGUACCUACCUUGUUGAACAGAGCCAAGUCUUAUGCACCAUCUCAGCAGCUUGAGCAGGCUGUGCUGCUCAACGAGUUCCAAGUGCCUUCAUACGAGGCGACGGGCUGGGGAAAGAUCGUUGCCAGUCUCACGGCCGACAAGCGACAAGGUCUGGACGAGUGGCUGCAAGAGUGGCAUUCGGUAAGUUCUUUUCAUUUCAUGGUCCACAUGCAAUCUGUCACCUUGCUAAUUCCUGUGCAGAACAACCAAAAGCUGGUUCUCGACGAGUCUGUGGCAGCUACCUUGUCAAGGAAGAUCAGACUUUCUGUCGAAGUCCCAACCGUCGAUGUCUUGCACACUGUGACCCUUGAUCUUGACAACGAAGACUCCAAGAAGGCCUUCGUUAUCGGCCGUCCAAUGCCUGCCAUCCUUACUAUCAAGCAUACCAGACGCUGGGCUGCUGCAAAACUAGCGUCAGAUACACCUCUUGCGUUCGCAUAUACCAUCGACGCUCCCACAGACGGCCCAUGGCUUGUGGCUGGACCUAAGCGCUCACGCUUCUUAUACAAAUCGGACAACGAAGUGACCAAGAUCUCGCUUGUGUUGGUGCCGUUGAAACCAGGCAUGCAUCUCCUGCCUUCUGUGGAUAUCCAACCGGUCUCCACUUCUGCUGGCACCUCUGACUCAAGCGGCCUAUCGAGGAUGCUCAGCCCGGGACAGAAUAGUGCACCUGCUGAAGAAGAAACAACACAGCCGCUGGUCAGCUGCGAGACUGAUUACCGCAACUCGGGUGAGAGUGUUUUGGUGGUGCGGGAAGCGAGAACGACAACAGUGACGGUCAGGGAGAGAGAUAUCAUGCCGGCGCUGCAGAGAAUACCUACGGCUACAGAGUCAGUGAGAGCAAGUGUGGACAGCACUCGGACGUCAAGACUCCAAUAA